AUGUCUGCAUGGAGAUUUUUCCAAAACAUUGUAUUGCCUCGCAUUGCUGCAUGCCAUGGACCAAGUCUGCAUGAGCUGCUGUAUGACUUAAUUGGAAAUAAAGGGGAUGGAGUGAGGCUGAUGGGAAGCAUGGAGUACAUGACAGAGUUAUUGGCGGGAGGAAUGAGGGGGAGUAAUUGGCGGCGGGAGGGAUUGGAGGGAGGGAUUGGCGGGAGUCUUAGGCGGGAUAUUCUUGGGCGGGAUUUUCCCAAUCUUUUCAAUGUUCCUAUUUUCCCAUUAUGUAAUUAA